AGAAAAUGUUGAAUUUUAAUGUCGCUGAUUUUGAUGUCAGUUUAUCUAGUUUGGUAGGUCGUUUAGGUUUGAUAUUUCCCUCCUAUGAAUGUAGAGCGACCUAUGAUGAAGACUCCUCAAGACCAAGGUUUUGUGAAGGUCCUAGGAUAUAGAAGACCAAAAAGAGAAAGUAGAGGUGACGUAUGAACGGAACAAUGCUGAUAAAGACACAGAAAGAGAGGGAUACUUGUAUUUUACAUAUCAUAUUCCACACAUCAUAUUUUACAUAUGAGGCUGAUUAAAUACAAUUGUAGUGUGAAAAUCUGCCCUUGCAUAAUAGACAAUGGUUGUAGGGCAGUGCAUAUUGAAACAGGGUCCUAACCCUUGUAUUUUCAUUUAAAAAAGACAUAAGAUUUUAGAACAAUGGUUUCCUCUCUGGUCUUUUGAUGCUUUCAUUAUUUUUGAGGUUAAGUGAUCAUUGUAAACAUAUGCCAUUCUUUGUGUCACAAGUGGAUGGGAGAUGCUGCCAUCAACCUCAUCUCCAGUGGAGUCUGCAUCUACUCCUGCAUCCCUAACUGACACCUUAGGCUGCUCAGCAGAUUAUUUGGGAUCCAAGAAUUUGGUCCAUAUGGCAGAUGUGCAAAAGGAAAACUUCCAGAUUCCGGCCAAAGCUAAUUUUGGAAUGUGUGGUACACAGGAAAUGCAAGGGGAGAGGGGUGAUGAAGUAAUGCCACCUCCAGAUAUAUGUAACGACAAGGGCUUGCUGCAUUGUGAUGCCUCUCAGCAGAGACCAAGCAGCAGGUCCAGUGAUGAAGCUGCAGAAGAUGCCAUAGCUCAAGCUGUCUGUGAUACAAAAUUUGUUACAAAUCUGUCACAAAUUGAAGGUGUUUGUGAGGACUUGGUAGAUGAAGAAGAAUUAGGGGCAUGGGGCAAAGCUGCCUCUGUCCCAACUGAACCUCAAGACAGUAUGAAUGAAAUGCUGAGAGAAAGUGCUGCUGUCAGCAGCACUUCUUGUUUACCUGACCUUUGUGAUACAACUAGAGGGAUCCACAGUAAAAUGGUUGUGGACAGUGAUAUGAUAGAGUGUAAUGUUGCUUCUUCUAUCAGUGAAGAAGUUGACAUGAUUAAUCAUGAUGAUGCCAGUUGUGUUGGAGAUUCUGUAGUCAGUGAAGAACAAUCUGGUUUAUGUAAUAAUGAUAGAAUUGACCUUAGUGAGGCAGAUGCAGAUGGUGUAGGUUCAAGUGCUGAAGAUGAUACAGGCAGCAGGUCAGCAUGUCAGGAAACAGCUGAUGCUAACAUUCCAGAAAGUGUUGAUGAUAGUGAAACCCAAGAGACAAGUGACAGUGGUUGUUUACCAAUGUCCAGAGACUUAACCUCAGACAAUUCAGUCGGUUAUGCAACAGAAUGUGUGGGACCCAUAGAAGACUACCUCAUCCAUGAUAACCAACAAAUAUCUCUAGUGGCAUGUGGUAUAACACGUUGUGAUCCAAGUGUGCAGCAGGAUGUGGAAAUGACUGAUGUUUUAGAAGAGGAUAAUUGUACAGGUGUUGACUUGAUACGCCAUAAUCUUCACCACUCCAGUCACCCUAUGUUUCUCAAGUGGCCGUGCGUGUUCUACAUAACAGAGGAACAGCUGACCAACCUCUCCGUUGAUUCUCAUGGAAGACAUAUUGGAUCUGAGGCAGCCCCUAUGUUUUUUCCUUCUCCGUCUGUCAGUCGUCCAGCAUCUCAAUUAACAGAGGAGGAGCAGGUGAAAAUUGCAAAGCGAAUGGGCCUUAUAACACAUUUGCCAUGUGGAAUAUAUGAUGGUUCUAAAAAGAGUGGAGAGUGUGUAAUAUGUAUGAUAGAUUUCACAGUUGGUGAUAGGGUAAGGUAUUUACCUUGUAUGCAUACUUAUCACACGGAGUGCAUUGAUGACUGGCUGAUGAGAAGCUUCACUUGCCCUUCAUGUUUGGAACCUGUAGAUGCAGCUCUUCUUAAUACGUAUGGAACAAGUUAGCAAUUUGCAUCUCAUAGGAUAUCGUGUAUGGAUGAAAAGUUUUAUGUGUAGUAUUGGGUUCUACAACCGAAAUAUUUGGAUUUUAAGACAUUUUCUUUUAUAAAAAGGUUAGGAGAGGAUAGUCCAUGUUAGUAGAAACAAAAAUAAGUGAGCAACAGAUAAAAAUUUACUAUUUAUUGUCAUGCCACUAAAGGGUUGAUGGCUUGGAGCUUGGAAGAAAGAUUAUUUAAACAUUCUGACUCUAAUUAAUAUGAAAAAGAUUACCUGCUUUCACAUGAACAUAUGAAUACUGUUCUAAUAGCUUAGUUUCCAAUUUUUUCUUAUGUCAUUUUUUUUAAAUUUCAUUUUCAGUAUUGUUAAGUCAUUUUAGUACACAUUACAUUUUACUCCUUCAACUUAGGUAUGGCAUUAUUAUUAAGCACUGGGAAGGGCAACUGCAUAUGCAUCUUUUGUUGUGAUAUAUUAUUAUAAAACUGAUAAGUGUCUACCAAUAAUUCCUAAAUGACUGCAGGGUUGGUUUUUACAGAACAUUUUGCAGAUUAUUAUUUUUCCAUAAUCCAAUACGUAAUGGGACAGCAGAAAAUGGUAAUUACUUUUGAAAUGGAAUCAUGCCUUGGCCAGAUAUUAUGUCUACUGUUAGAUGUAGAAAUUAUUUAAAAGACUUGUGGGAUACAAAAUACUGGAGGUUACUGUAUAGUAGUAGUAAAUUGUAUUUAGCUUUAAAUUCAUAUAUUUUUAAGUAGUUUAAAAAAUGGAAAGUAAUAUAAUGAUAAUGUAGGGAGCCUAAUAGCCACUGAAUUCUUUUUCCAAGGUGCUAAUUUUUCUUUUAUGGGAAAGAAAAAACAAGUAGUUAAUCUUCAUGGCAACAGAGUAAAAAACAAACUGAAGAGAUGUUUCCAAAACAUCCGUUGACUUGCUUAAUUGUUAAUUUUGAAUAUAUUCUUUCUUGUUAUUGCCACAGCCAUGUCUAAAUAUAGACAGUUUUCCAAGACAGAGAUGGUGAUAAGAAGGGGUUAGAAGCAGUUAACAAGACUAAGAUAAAGUUAAACAAAAAUCAUGGAAAAGUCGUGUAAAUGAAGACCAAAGCCCACCAGAUAAAAAUUUAAGCAGUUAUUACUGAAGAUAGUGCAGUGAGCUCUUUUCUAAGUCUAACCCUAUAAAGGGCAAUGUUUUGAGGUCAGCUAGGCACUAUGUUAUGCGUUAACUUUCCUCUUGCCUAUAUCGACAUUACAUACUGCCAAUUAGGGUAAACAUUCCAUAAAAGUUAACCAAAUCACAAUAUAUACUAAAUUGAACCCCUCAGAAAGAUGAUAAAGCUAGAUAUUCACAGUAACAUUAAAGUGUAGACCCAGUCCUAGGUACAAGAUGCUGGUAGUCAGGGCAUUAGGAUCUUAUUUGGGACAAGAUAAUAAUAAUGCACAGGGAAAAUUAAUAUAAGGUUAUUAAUGGGCUUGUAAAGUCUUGUUUUUUUUUAUAAAAACAUUGUUGCCUGAUUGGGAGAAAUAGCAAUUAUCAAUUAAAUAUUUAGAAAUGCUAACAUUGGACCCAUUUUUCUUUGGAUACUGGUUAUUGUAUCUUCCGCAUGAGGGGCAAAUGCACAGCAGUUGGACACAGUUACCAAUUUUGUGGAUGGACGGUGAUCACGAGUCUUGCCCAAGUCUAGGUUUGCCUGCCUGUAUCCUCUUGGAUCGUUUGAUCUGGUAACACUUUAAGUGAGAGAAUUACGGUCAAAUUGGAGUGCCCAUCAUGUCUUUCCCCUUCGUGUGGAAGGGUCUCUACUAAGGAGAAUAGGAUGUUUUGGGUCACUGGAGACGUAAGGCAAUAGCUAGGCCUGUAGCUAGAUUGUCGAAGCUCGGAACUUUUCACUUAUCCUCCAGCAGUCAUAACUUUCAGAAGAAUGUACAUUCUUGGUAUUGCCCUUAUCUCACUUAAUAAAUACCUUGAUAACUUUUUGGCAUUUAUGAAAAACGUAAAAAUUAUUCUAGUCAAAUGUUUUGCAACUUUGACUUAUCUAACAAGUAGCAAUAAAAUUUGUUGAGGCAGGAAGCAGGUUGAUGCUGUCCAAAAACACCGGAGAGCUAUUAUUCUGCUUUAAAUGAUUUAUAUAUUGCCCUGUAUUUACUGUAGUAGUGAUUCUUUAAAGUGAGACAUCAUGCUUUCAAGUCAAAUGACAUUUAAAAAGCUUUUGGUGAUUAUUUUUUCAAUAACUUAUUAGAGAUACUAAUGGAAAUUUCAUUUAAUGAUUGCAAGGAAUUUAGCUUGGUAAUCUUAAUUAUUUUCUAUUUAAAUGCUCAAGGAGCACAAAGUGCUGUGUAAACAAUGGCUGAUGUUAGUUUUUUUUUUUUUUUUUUUUUUUUUUUACUACAAUACUCUUAUAUUACAGUACCUUGCUCUCCAUACAGUUGAAUGUGAUGCUUGUGUGAAAUCUCCUACAAUAUGGUCAGCUUCCAAAAAGGCAUAGUAAAGUUGCCCUUCUCCAGUGUAGUGGGAGUUGAGUGAUGGAGUAGUUUUUAUAGAUUAUCAUAGGUGAGUAGACUGCUAUUAGUAUUGAUCAUUUCAAGUUUGAUUUGAUCAUCUUGAUUUGUAUGUGCAGUAGCUCACACUUGAAAGAUAGUAAUCCUAGUCAUCAUUUAAAAAUCCCAAGUACAUGAGAGUCAUAAGUCAACAAAUAUUUUGGACUUUCCUGUAUGAUGAUUAUUUUGGCAAGUGAUUAAAAGGUUAUAGUACCUUCAGUGUGAAAAUGAAAUAUAUUAUUUAUCAUGUUGACCUUGUUCUUCCAUCAGCAAAUUUUUUAAAACACUAAAAUGGGUCAUGAAUUCCUGGGUGCACUAUUAUGCUUCCGAAGUAAUUUAAUACUUUAGUGGGGCAUAAUUCUUUGAAUCUAAGUCUGUUUGUGUGUGAUAAUAGUGUACUAUUGCUUUUUGAAAUAUUGAAGGAUUUUGUAUAAGUUUAUAUAAUCCUGUUAUGUAAGACAUGCAGUAGGAAGAUAGUAUAUAUAUAUUAUAUAUAUGUAAUAUAAAGAAUGGUAGGUAUAUAGAGGUAAACAGUUAUGAAGUAAUUUCUUUCAAUAAAAAUCUGAUAGCAUUGAUUCCAUGUAAUUACAGUGAACUACUAUAUAUUUCUUUCUUUUUUUGUUAGAUAUACAGUAACAGGCCAACUUGUUUAUGAUACUUCAAUACUGUAUAUGGUAGUACCAGGAUCUUUAAAGUGCUAUUGACGGAUAAUGUUAGGUAAUCAUUUAUUCAUUUUAUUAUUGGUUGUUUUAGUGUUAAAGAUAAGUAGAGUAAACUAUUAUUUCUCUCUCUCUUUCUUUGGAAGAUAAAUAGAGUAUACUAUUAUUUCUCUCUUUUUCUUUGGACUAGCUCUGAAUAUUGGUGUCCUUCCUUUACUAUUAUAAUACAUACCUCCUUUUAUUCAACACAAAAUAGAGAAUGUAAGAGCAUACAAGGAAAAAAGAAAAAGUACAAGAAUGAUAGCAAACUUAUGCAGAUACAGAGUGCAAGGACAAGAAAAUUCGUCUUUGACACUGUACUUUUGACUGCACUUUUGCUUUGAUUCCUGUGCUUUGUUCUUUCACACACUCAAUAUGAAAGAUGUGCGUUGAUAUGCCAUAAAUUCUUCUCUUUAAAUAUCACAAUACACAGCUUUUUAUUUCAGGGUAUUCUGUUCUUAAACACUUUUGUUAAUUUUAUAAAAAGUCAUUAGUAUACUUUAGCAAGUGUAAACAGCUAUGAAACCAUUGCAAGUUUAUAACCAAAAAUUUUCUUUUGUCGUCAGUCUUUAACCAGAUUGCAUUGUAAAAACUUUUACAUUACCUAUUCUUUGUUGUCACUCUUAAACCAGGUUAACUUUUGUAAGAGUUUUGUAUGAACUACUGUAGUUUUGUUUCCAAGCAUUUGAUGACAAGAUUUGAAAUGAAUGUGAUAUUUCAUUAUAUUUACUAUAAUAAGGCAUUUCUACAAAUAACCUAUGCAUAUAUAACUCAGUACAGCAGAGCAUUUCAUGAUGAUUUUAGAUGGAAAGGAUCUCAUUUCUAUAGGACUGCUGUCCCUGGAAUUUAUCUUCUUGUGAGGUCACGAUAAACUUUUUUUAGUUAUCUCAGCUGUGACUUUGAGGUUUUAACUUGUGUAAUUCUGCAUAAUUUAGUUUACAGUAUUUUUGUUGUGGUGCCCAGUGGUUCCUCUGCUGUUUUUGGAGUUUAAGUUCUAUGGGUCUGCAUGGUGAAGAUAUUCUAGUUUGAAGAGUUUAUUGAAGAUUCAUUUUAAUGACAUUAAUUGAAGUAGUCUUUACGAAUAUUUAAUUUAAUAGGAAUAACCUAGUCGCAUUAUGUUUACUUUUCAUGAAUUUUAAGUUUUUUUUUUCUUUAUUGAGGAUUCUGUUUAAUAUUGAGUUCAACAAAAUGGCAUAAGAGGCUUUGGAUUUAAUUUUAUAUACAUUAAGAGGAGCUAGAAGAGAAAUUUACAGCUUGCCAAUAUAAAGGAAAGUCCUGGAUAAAUUAUUUUCAUUAUCGUGUAAAUAAAACCUUGUGCUGCCUCUUUAGGUUUCCUGUUUCUCACAAGGAGGAAUCAUCUGUUAUUAGUUUUACUCUCAGAAACACAAGGUGUUAGAUGCUCAGUGAGUUAGAGCUAUAGAUACUUAAUCUUUUAAGUGAAAGUAGUUCUGUUAAGUGCAACUUGUAUGUGAGGUUUCAAUGCAGUCAUUAGUAAUUAUUAUUAAAUGUUGUGAUAUUUCUUGAUUUUGGUGUAGGAUUCUGCAAUUUAUUUUUAAUAACUUUUGCUUUUUCCAGUAUUUAUGUUGACUUGUACGUGUGGUAUCAUUAUAUGUUAUGAAAAUUAUUUUGAACAUAUUUUUAUUACACUUUAAGUACUACAUGUAACGUGCUUAUGAACUGCAAGUUAGCAGGAUGCAUUCUGUUGUUUUUGAGAUACUGAGCAAAGCAUUUUGGUAUCAUUCCUUGAACUUGUCAGGUUGGUAACUCCUUAAACCUGUCAUGUCGGUAACUAUUUAAGAUAGAAUAUUUCACAUACGAAAAGUGUUUUUGGUAAUCAUGUUUAAUGCCAAAUGUUAGCUUUGGCAAAGAGCUAAACAAAAUAAUAUGCCUUAAUGCUGCUUUUGAUUCACCCAUUUUUUUUUUAAAUGUACAUAAUGCAUGGUACUGGAUAGUAGUGAAUAUUAGGAAUGGAAUGCUUUGGACAUGGAUGAAAGCUUUAAUUUUAUAAAGGAAAUCAGUGUGAUAAUGUAUUUUCUUUUGCCUACUAUGUUUAUGGGAUUGCCAGUUCAGUAUGUACUUAAUGAUUAGGAAAAGGCAGCAGUCUCAGGAGCAGAUGUUUCAGUUAUUUGAUCUUACAUUUGAAUUGUAAAGAAAUCUCUCUUUAGAUGUUAACAUUUUAUGUUGCCUGCAUUUAUAUUUUGAGUAUUUAAGUUUAUGCAAUAAAAUGCAGACUUUUCACUGAGUGUUACUGUAAUAAAUUGAAAAGCACAACUGAUUGUGUAACUGGAAGUAGAGCGUCAGCUAUGGUAAUUUUUCAGAUGAUUUGUACAGAUAUGUGAAGCAAAGCCCCUAAUUUACCAUGUGAGAUCUUUAAGCAGUAAAUUCUAGAGUUAUAAGCACUGUACAAUACAUUUACCAAAGUAACUUGGAUUAGAAGUGGAAUUUCUACCAAGCUUAAUGAAAUAAGAGGAAAUCUUACUAUUCAAGGUUGUCUGUAUAUCUCCGUGGUAUACUGGUAUGUAGAGAUGUGAAUAAAUUGUAAAUACAGGUAAAACUUAAGAGUAUUUUCGUGGCAUAUAUUCCCAAAGACUGAUUUUAAUCUUUUAUGUAAAUCUUUUGAAUAUUUCUUUUGUGUAGGAGAGACAGUUGUAAUAUCUUUAAAGUUAGACUGUAUUGUGCAACCUUUUGAAGUAUAAAUAGGAAACAUCUAUAAUGUAUUUGUUUGUAAAAUGACAAUAAUUAUGUUGUCAAUAGACAAUUUUGUGAUAUAGAGGCCAUAGUCCAAAAUAAAUUCUAUUGUAUAUCAGUGUAAUGUAUUCCAAUUGUACCAUGCAGUUUGUGUAAAUAUUCCAGAUAUUACCAUGUUAAGACAUGAAUCUAAGAUUGUGUUAUCUCGGCUUUACAUUUUUGGGAUUUGCAUUCCACUCUUAGAAGUAACAAUUUUUGCUGCAGCUGCUAGGGAUACAGUCAUAUUUACACAAUCAUUACUAGGCUUGGGUAUGUGACAUAAUUUUCAUUGGCUUAUGACAGAGAAUAUGGUAGUGAUUAGCCAGAGAAGUUGGAUCAGGAGGAAUAAAAAAAAUAUCACAACGUAGCUUGGGGUGCUGUGAUCAUCACAGAGAAUGACAGUGUACAUGUAAUUGGGGUUUGUUCCUAACGAAAUACAAACCAUAGCAUUAAUAUAGGAGUAUCCUCCGAGUACAAAUAGGUAAUUGAAAACUUGGUAACUAGGUGAUUAUUGGUGGUGAUGGGAAAGGAGAAGGGUAAAGUAUCUCCUGCUCACUUUUUCUUCUGGCUGCUGUAGGCUAUGGAUGUGUUGCGCUCUUCUUUUUGUUUCCUUACUUGGUUGAAAGCUUUGACAAGUCAUUUGCUCCUCAUUGCUCUUUGUCGAAGGGUGUGGUCAUCCUUGUGGAAGGUUUAUGUUGCCCAGUGGGUUAGGUUUGGGAAGGGGAGAGAGGUAAGAGAAGCUCGCCAGCUUCAUGGGGGGGGGGGGGGGACACCCCCAAAUCCGUGUUCCUUUCCUCCAUUUUUCAUUUGUAUUACCCCUCCUGUGAGUGCUCUCCAUUCUCAGAAGGGAGCAGAAGUGCAAGAUCAUCAGGUGGUAUCAUCCUACCUCUGGCAGAGCUGCCAGCCCUACGAGAGCUGAAAGUUAGCUCAGUGGUCUGGUUAAUUAAUAAUAAUAAUAAUAAUCUGUGUGUCUCUGUCGCUCUGUUCAGCCUCGGUUGGAUAAUCAGGGAAGUGUGUUGUAAGAGACAACCCCUCCCCUUGCAAUUUCAAGGAGUUGCACAAAAAGGGGGGUUGUGCAGCAUGCUCACUCUAAGGAUAGGGUUCAUUCUGGUGAUGGAAGUUCAUUUUCUUUACCUUCUUUGGGAGGCCACAGGCAGGAACCUGCACCUUUCCCUCACUGCACAGGGGCAGACUUUGGAGUGCAGUCUUUAAGCACUCUUGCUUCAGGAAGUGACUGCCUUGAUCUCCUCUGCCUCAUAUGUGUGAGGUCUGUUGUGCAGGUGGUAAGGGAGUGGGUUGGGGUGCAAGGGUCCAUUCUUCUUCCCCUCUUAUCUGCUUGUUUAGUUUCUGCUGAGUCUGGUAGCAGGGGAUCAUUGUCUCUGUUAGAAGUCCAUUCUGAUAGUGACCCCACUGAUUCCUGUACUUUUUCUCCAGCAGAGGCUCAUCUGGUUUAGUAAGGGACUAGGAACAGCCAACAAAGCAGAUACCUGGCCUGACUUCUUUGCCUAAAGAGUAGGUGACUAAUGUCCAGGUGAUUGAAGGCAGAGUUUGAGCAGCACUUUAGGAAGAUUAUUUGUGACAUUCAUUAAUUGAAUAACCUCAGGGAUGCUACUACCUUGGCUUCACACCAGCUGACUAUUGUCUGCUGUGCUUGCUUUCAGGAAUGCUAGAGAUGCAGCCCUCAGUCAGGUUGCCAUGGUCUGGUACCUUGUGGUAUUUUGGAGGUGAAUAGCACAUUCAGCAAAUAUCUUACCCUGCUGCUUUCACACCAGAGGAGAUACACAUUGGCAUUAGACCCAUAAGAAUGUCAGCUGAUGAAAGAACUGUUUCAAAUUUCUACGGGCUGCUCUAGGAGGAAGAGCCCAUGCUGGCAUAAAGCCAUUUUAAUCUCAAACAACAUUCAAAGGCUUUGUCCAGAGUUUAAUUUUUUCUGCUGCAGAGGCUCCUGCCUUGUAGACAGUAUCCAUGACAUCUCUUCAGAUCAUCUUGUGACUCCACCUUGAGUUGAACACACUGACACACACACUAUGCUGUGCCAGGAGUUUUGUCUCACAGCAAGAGGGCAUUGUUUAGUAUGUUGCUGGUGUCAGCAGGUUGCACCUCUGCUAAAUCUGUGGGGGUUAACAAAGCCCUGCACAUCUGAUCUGGGUUUACAAAGAAGUAAGUCCUUCAGAAACCUAGAUGCAUAGUCCAGCCUUCUUCCACUGAAAAGGUCAAGGAAUCUAACCAGCCCUUUCAUUCUUCUCCCAAAGGUGGUACCAACAAGGAAGGGAAGGGAAGCAGGGCAAGGGUCACUGAGGAUGGUGAUACAUCUCCUCUGCUGUCUAGAGUAGGGGGUUGCAUGUCAUACCAUUGGGCUAUGUGGCAAGAGCAGGGCGCAGUGCGUUGGGUAACUGUCCUUCAGGAUGAUUUUUGUUGUCUCCUCUCGGAUACACUAAACACAUUCCAUUUCUCCCCUUCAGAUUCAUGGAAUUCCAGUCUUUUGGCUUUAACAUUUAAGUUUUCCUAGCGGAGAAAUGAAUGGAAGUUGGAGACCAGUAUUUAACUUCUCUCCCCAAACAAAAACUGUUACAGGCUUGGUUCAAGAUUGGUAGAGCACAGACUAUUCAAAUCCAUCUUGGUGAGAGAUCUCAUACUCAAUAGAUCUGAAAGAAGCUUACUUUCAAGUGCAGAUUCACUAGAGCCCUCUGAAGUACUUUGUCUGCUGCCGUACCCAUCUACCAGUUCAAGAGGUAAAGGACUUUGCCUGGUGGCCAGAUACCAGAACUUUCAGCCUCCAGAGAUGCUUCUGCUUUCAAAUGCAUCAAGGGAGGGUAUCAUGUUCUGCUCUGUCUACUGGUUGAGGCACCAAGAGAGGUAACCCCCGUGGCCCAUCCUCCUGUGUCUGCUACAUAUUUGCAGCUAUCAUUCUAUUCACUCCCUGCAUCCUCAUGCUUGGAGCUUAUUCUGCACCUCUUGCAAGAGAGAGGCUUUUCUUUUUGGGCUAGGAAGAUGCUUUUUGGAAGAACUUUUUUUAUUUUUCUGGUAAUGACGGCAGGUGCAACUAUACCUUUACCUCAUUCUACUUGAGCGAUGCUGUCUCCUUUGGGAUCUUUGUUAGGUGUCCCAACUAAUUUUGAACCAGUAUCUUAUCUAAUUACUGGAGGCUUAUUGUGAAUCUGGAGGUGUUUGUGGAAUAGAUGGGUUCCCUUCCAUCCUUUCCCCUCUUAUUCUCUCUCUUUUAACAAGGAGAGGGGCAUGGUAGAGUUAAGUCCUCAACCCAUUACUUUAGUAAUAUGCAACAGAACUGAACUACCUUCCGACAUGAAGUCUUGUACAGAUGUCAUGUAAAGUAAUAUGUAGCAGAACUAAACUAUCUUCUGACAUGAAGUCUUGUACAGGUGUCAUGGUUUUCCAAAGUUUCCCUUACAUGAGUACCUUCUCCAACUACAUGAAUACCCUCUGAAACUACAGGGUACUUGGGAACUGGGUUGUAAUACUCUGGCCAACAAUUUUGCCAGACUGGUAGGAGGCUACAGGAGUCAAUGACGUCCCUCUGUUACCAAGACAACCAGGGACAUAGCAAUUCUGUGAUGGCUGUCAGCUCAAGCCAGUUGUCAGGACUGACCUCCUUGAGGCAUAAGUUUCCUGUAUAAAAGGCUCUGUUUGUACAACAAAUAAAAAUUUGUUUAAUAAUUUGCAUUUUACCCAGGUAUACAAACCGGAAUCUUUAUAUAUCUUAAACCCACCUCAACCACCGCGCUUAGUCUUUCUUUGCAGCAUAAAGUAAAAGUAAGUGCGAUGGUUGGUGAGUGAGAGAUGCUCGCAAACGAACCCCUCAUCUCCAGUUAAUUACCUUGUUACCAAAUCUUCACAUUCAAUUACACCUCACACUGAAGGAUACUCCUAUACGUACAUAUAAUAGGUUGUGUUUGCAUACCUAUGAAAAAUACGAAUUAAUUUUAGGAUUUGUUAUAAUUUUGGCCAAGACAAAUUUUAUUUUGCAUUUGAUAUAUUUUUAUUUUUGCAAUUAAUAAAUUAUUCCAAUUUAUACAAAUGAUGAACCAGCCUAUUUCAGACCCCCAAAAAGUAUUUGUUCAUACACAGAACAAACCUCAGGUCUUAAGGAAGGGUAAUGUUCUCUAGUGCAGCUUAAGUCCGGUUAAAAGAAGUUACAAGAAAAUUGGCGGCAUCAGGAGAUGGAUAAGAUGGCAGUAGUUAAGAGGAGGAGCCAAUUUCCUGCAUCCCAUCUCUGGAGGAUAGUGCCAGUUUUUCUCUGACUGCCUUUGUAGAAGGAUGCACUUUUGUUUUCUCUCCUAAAAGCCAGUUCUUUUGCCACUUCCUACCCACAUUUGCCUUUGGAUUUUGUGAAUUCCUUUUAAUUUUGUGUUUUUGGUGUAUAAUUUUGUGUUAUGGAAGAUCUACUGCGAGUAUGCAUUCCCACAUCCCUCCUAAGCCUGUUAAACUCCAGAGAAAAUGUCAUGUUGGCAACAAUCCUUGUUCCCGAUUCCUACCCUCCUUUGCGAAAGACCCUAUUCUACUACUUGUCCUAGAUAUAGGGCUCACAUCAGCAGCCUUGCCCUGAAUGUGUUGAUUGGCCUCCUGAGCAAUGGAAGAGUUUGGAUACGAGGAGAUAUAGAAGGUCUGCGCCGCCAUCUUAGGAGGGGUUUGCCUCUUCAAUGGCAGCUUCCAAGUCUUCUUGUUCUUCCUCUUUCUUACCAAAAUCUCACACUGCUGCUCCUUUCCACAAAGAUUUUUUCUCGUCUCAUUCUUGUAAUGCUUCAGCCUUGUAAGAUUCAAUUGGGGUACAGGAGAUCUUGUAACUGAUGUGGAUGCCCCUGCUGUCAUUGGUGGGGAACCUUUUCCCCCUGGGAGGGUAGAGGCUGCCCCUCCUUGUUCUGUGUUUUCAGGCAGUGAUGUGCAGAUUUUGUCAGACUGUUGGGACUCCUUAGGCCUACCAGGCACAUAAACCCUUUCUGGUCUAGUGUCCCAUUGUCUUUCCAACUGUACUACAGUUUCAUUGGCCAAGACAGUUUCCAUCUACUGUCUCUGUGACGUAAUCUCACUUCACUUCUGCCAGAGCUUCUGUCGUGUUGGCGUCCUUCCAGCUGUCUUCAACAAUUGCUGCUCCCCACUCCAUGAAGUUAUCCAUGUUGCCAUCAACUACACCGACUGCUCCUGACUCCCUUGUCCAAUCAGUUUGCAAUAGAGUCGAAGGUAUCUUUAUGGAGAAUUUUGGUCAAUCGGAGGCUAAACUAUCCAAGGAGAGACACCUUAGUUUUCCUUCCUCUUCUUACUCUGUCUUCGGUUCCCAUCAAAUGUUGGAGGAAAAGAAACUUCGUAGCCUCUCCACGUAAGGAGAUUCACAGAUCUUUGGUUCUCAUCAUCUCCUGUGGCUGUCAUUCGAUCAUCUAAACACGUACGUGGUAGUCCAGUCCACGCUACCACCAAGGCACAUAUAUGUGUUCCUGUGACUUUCAUAAUGCUCUACCAGCUGACAAAGUUACAACUGUCAACUCUACAGUUCGAACUACCAUUCAAAAUACCUCUCCUCCCCAUACUGCUCAAGGUACAAGUUUCUAAGUCAGUGGGAAGGACAAUAAGGUUCCCAUCAAGAGAUCUAAGCCUCUGGAUCUUUUCCUCAGAGGUCUCCUUCACCUUAGGUUCAACUAUCACGGGGUGAUAGUCCAGGGAGAUCUCGUGACUUCCCUUAUUCAGCUUGUCCACAUUCACCAAAGAAGUUUUGUGUUCACCUUUCUCGCUUACAAGGAUGGAACCGUGAUUCACACUCCUUUACAUGGAGGUGACUGCACAGCAUGUAAAAGUUGCUCACGUGUUAGUGAUUGAGAAUCGUGCUCUCACUUGCAUGGAUGUGACCAUGCUACAUGUUACCCAAUUCCGGCACUACAUGAGAAUUUACGUCCUACAUCCCCUUACAAGCAGCAUUCCUGUUCACACAUUCAUGACAGAUGCACGCUCUUGUUCUCACAUAUGUGACCAAUCUUCAAGUCACAGUUCUUCAUGGCAUCGUAACCUGUCACAACAUUCCUCACUCAUCGCAAUUCUCAGGGCCACAGAAGGAAUGGUGCCCCUCCUCACUCACUGUCAUCAGUAGGGGAUGCCUGGCAAGCCAUUGGGCAACUUGUCAACAGUUUGGGGCAGACCUGGGUAGUAGAUGCCCUACAGGUGGGGUAUACCAUCUAGGAUCGGUAAAACAUCUGGCUCUUCAAUACAAGGUGAAAAAAAAAAUAAUGAAGAAAGAAGCUGUGAAAAUAUGUAUAUAUAUUCACGGAUGGCUUUCUUACCCUCUCCGGCCACAGGCGACUUGAGACCAGUUAUAGACCUGUUGACCCUCAAACUCUUCAUCAGAAAGAUAUGGCACAGGUUGGAGACUCCCCAAGCCAUCAGAGAAAAACUUCAUGCUAACGAUAAGACCUGAAGAAUUCCUAUUUCCAAAUUCCAAUUCAUAAUCCUCCCAGAAAUAACUUCACUUCAGAGUGGGAGAGAGAGUUUAUCAAUUCGAGGUCCUAUGCUUCGGCCUCACCAGCCCCACAAGUUUUCCUAGUUCUGGCGUAUUCUCAGGUAGAGUUGUUUCAACACAGAUAGAAACUUCUCCAAUUUUGUUACAGCUUAGGCAAUUUGAAUAACUCUACCUAGGGAUGGUGAUGAACGUUAUUCUACCUAGGGAUGGUGAUGAACAAGACACUUCCGAGAGUAUUUCCCACAGAGCAACGCCUAGAGAAGUUCAGGAACUAUGCCCAUCUUUAUUUUCCAAGAAGAAGCAAUCCACUUGUAAAUGGCAAGUCAUUCUUGGAUUCCAUUGUCUUAGAGAAGCUAGUCCCUUACAGUCGAAUUCAUAUUGUCUCUCCAAUGGAGACUGAAAGAGUUUUGGUCUGCAGCAAAGAAUCCUCCCUCGUUCAAAGUUCCAUCAUCAGAAGAAGUGAGAAAAGACUUAGCUUGGUAGCUGGAUGACAGGAACCUGACCAUAUGAGUGCCCCAGCAAUCUCCCCCUCCAGAGAUUCUCCUGUUCUCAGAUACUAGAUGGGGAGCACACUUGGAGGAUCUAUUAACAUCAGGAAGAGUGUGGGACCAUCAAGAACAAACAACUCCAUAUCAACAUUCUGAAGUUGAAAGCAGCCUUCCUAGCACUUACGGAAGUUCUAGACGGUGUCAGGGUACAUUGUGGUUCUAAUGUCUGACAACACUCCAGUGUAGCUUAUGUCAAUAAACAGGGUCUAGUGUCAAUCAGUAAUUCUUUCAGCUAGAUACAUCCCAGGCAAGAACAAUGUAGUAGCAGACAAGCAGAGUUGAAUGAGUACAGUUCUACUACAUCAAGUGGUGGCAGAAAGGAUUUUUCUAUGGGCAGGCCAUCAAUAGUCCCGUUUUUUGGUUGGUCAUUCCAGAUCCAUGGGCAGUAGCGCAAGACAUCCUUCAGCAUCCCUGGGAAAAUCCUACCCCGAUCUUCUAGCCUUACUGAUAAAAGUCCUGAGAGAGAUUCCUCCUUGGCACAUACUUCUGUGUCAACUGCACAUCGAAAGAUUUCACCAGUCGGCUGAAGACUAUCCAAUAUCUCCUGCCAGCGAAAAGGCUUUUCUUUCAGCCGCAAUUGAGAUGUCAGGCUACCUCAGAAAGUCUUUUAGAGCUGGAUACCAGAGAAAGUGGUCUGUCUACUCUGAUUGGUGUCAUCAAUAGGGUCUCUCUGUAAUCAGAACUACUAUUCAACAAGUAGUAGACUUCUUUGUUUUCCUGCAUAGGGAAAAACUUUUCAAUAUCAGCAAUCAAGGGAUACUGGGCUGCCCUAGGCUAGUUCUGUCUCCAAGACAUGCAUCUAUCCUCUUCUUGGGAGAUUUAUAUGCUUCUCAAGAGUUUUGAGCAGUCCUGUUCUCUGAGAGACCUUAAACCUACAAACUGGAACCUAACGUUUGUGCUGAACAGUCUGACAUGCAGUCCUUAUGAACCCUGAAGACCUCCUUCAAACAGGAAUUUAACUCUCUAACAGAUUUUGUUGGUGAUGACCUCAGUGAGUUACUGUUGUCCUGUUAGGGCACUGCAUAACUAUCUAAAAAGAACUUGACACCUCAGACCAAGUUGUCAAAGACUUUUUGUUAGUGCAUGCAGGAUCAAGCAAGAAAUGUGUCCCCUUUAGGCUUUGAGAAGUAAUUAGACAAGCCUAAUCUUCUCCUUCAGCUACAGAAGUCAAUUUGAUGUGUGCAAAUACACAUGAUGUCAGGGAACUAAGAUCUAUCAUCAUGUUCAAAAAGAACCUGUCAGUUCAGAGGAUACUGAAGGCUAGUACCUGGUUAUGUCAAACCACCUUCACAUCCUUCCUUCUGUGGGCCCACAGGUCCUUGGAUGUUUUUUCCUUGGGUCCAGUGGUGGUUGCUUAAGUUGUGCCCCUAGCAUAACAGUUUGUGUUUAACCUAAGAUGACUGGUUUUACAAGUGGUUUUAAAUGAGAAUGAAUGGUUUGACUGGUCUACUUCCUCUCUCUAAAUUCCUAAGAUGAUUGGUUGUAAAAGUGGGAAUCAUUGGUUUGACUAGUCUACUUCCUCCCUGUAAAUUCCUUCUCUACUGGCAGGCAGUGGGAAGAAUUUAACCAUCAUACAGUGCGACUGGUCAAAUACAGGUGAGUGUUGAGCUCUUUCCAUUAGUUUUUCCUUGAUUCUUCAUACACGAUAUACACUACCUCAAGAGUCCCUUCCUUUCUUACAAGGGGAGAGAGGAAAUAACGACAAGCCAGUGGCUAACAUAGUGCUGUUGUCUCUGGCAGAUAAAUUCUUUAUCUCUAUUUGAGAUACAAUAUAACUGGAAUUCCGUUUUGUCUCAUUAGUCAGAUGUCUGGCAGACAAGUAACCCUUACUUUACAGCUCAGGAGGCUCAUGACUCCUUCCUUUACCAGUCCUUGGCCAAGCAAGUUAAACCUGCUGUCAAUUCUGAGGUUUUUUCUAUCUUCCCUCCAAGAGGUCUCUUAUGUUAAGACCAAAGGUAUGAAAAACUGACAAAUUUUAAAUCAAUUUGUAUUUUUCAUAACUACCAAACCUGUGGUCUUAACAUUCACUGCUAACCUCAAGCCAACCCCUUCAUAUUUUUACCUGGGCCAGAGAAAACUGACAUCAUCCUCCAGAGAUGGGUUGUAGGAGGUCAGCCUCUCCUCCUAACUACUGCCAUCUUGUCCAUUUCCUGAUACCACCAAUUUCCUUGUAACACCUUUUUACUGGACUCCAGCUGCACUAGAGAACUUUUCCCUCAAGUUAAGACCAUAGGUUUAUUAGUUGUGAAAAAUACUAAUUAAUUUAAAAUUUUUCAUUUAUAAUCAAUUGCUGUCAGGAUUGUGAUAUGGCCCAUAAAUCUUUUGAGAAAAUUUUAUUCUAAAUUAUGAAACAAUUUUUCUAUCUACUACUUAAAUUGUCAAAGAAGUUUUCCUGAUCUAAUGAUCUCGGAGUAAAUUAUCGGAGUCAUUUUUAUUUUUAUACAGCAACUAAAUUUCAAAAUAUUUUACGUGGAGAGAAUUACCUGCUUCUUGAAUGCAAUCAGUGGAAAAUGUCUUUUUAACAAAGGCUGUGUGGUUUACUGGAAGAUCUGUGUAUGACCUUAAACAGUAGAGGCAUGUAUAUUAAUAAAGUAAUCCCUUA